GUUCACCGGGCGAGAGGGCGGUGCAGUGAAGGGGCCACAGGAUACCCGAGGUCCCAUACUCCCCUGAUCGAUAAACUUGGCAAGGGCCGAUUAGAAACAGUGAGGGCUACAGUGGUGGAAAAAGCCAGAACUACCAAAUUACCGCGCUGGCAUACAAGAACGACUGACUAGGUCUACAUACAGCUGCAUGAUAAUGCGGAUUGGUAAUUUACCAAGCCGUGCAGAGCUGGACUGACAUACUACGAACAUAGCCCGAGGCCUGUACGGGGGUAUGGCAUGCUAUAUGCUGGAGUGCGGGUACUAGAAAAUUACACUACUUCGGCCCAGCGGUUGAAAAGUUAUUGAGAGAGUAGGCCCAUAUCUUAGCUUAGGUCUAUAACCAGAGCUUUUGUAUAGUCGGUCCUACAACCUCUGCCCGUGGACUGGUGCCAAAUCAAAGGGAGGUUUAGUCGACUAUGUUCUAACAGAGAGACUAUGAGAUGAGUAUAGCGGCUGAGUUGUUGGAUUGGUCGGAGGUACCAUGCCCGUCCGGUAGCUUACACGUUGUCGUGCUCCGCAGACAGAUCCGCGCACUAUACAAGCCUGGUGAACUAGCGGCUGUUUCUUACAUCGUCACUUGGCACAGAUAACACGUGUGUGGAGAUAGAGAGAGAGAGAGCUCGGGGAGUUUAACGUGAUGGUUUCUACAUACAUAUAAUAGGCGUACAAGCACCACGUGUUGAUAUGGUUUAUAUAUAGGACUGUACAAAGAUCUGAUGAUAUAUAGGAAAACCAAGGCUUAAAAACAACCAGGAUGGUUUUUGCGGGACUACGCUGUUUUUUUUACCGAGAAGGAAGGAAUUAAAAGUUGUUACCUCUCUAAGUUCAGUUCUGUGUGGAUUUUUACCUGACCGGCGCACUUCUGGUUCUCUGGAGACGGAUAAUUACCCAAGGGGUGGUCACGAUGGAGAGGGAUCGGGCGAAUAGCCUGGUUGGGUUGAGGCUCGUCCUGCCCCUUGUCUUGGCCGUGGCAGUCAUCGAUGCUGUCCAUGCUCAGGCCACGUGUUUCUCGGAAAUCUGCUCGGACACGGGCUUUGGACUGUAUUGUUCAGAGGGAGGGGUUUUGCACAUCAAUCACGUCAGCUGCGGCCAUCACGACCCUGAAAGCUGUCGCGUUGCUAAGCACAAUAUGAUGACGAUGUGCACAGGGCAGAAGGCAUGCGCGGCGAGCGGGAUGAGGAAGAUCUUGCGGCCAUGUCAGACUCGCCCCUGGAGUCCAGUUUACGUCCGGGUCAACUACAGCUGUGUCCCAGAGGCUAUCUUGACACGCACGUGCAGUGGAGACAUGGAAGAGGAGAUCGGUAACCGUGGCGCCAUCAUCAUGUCUCCAGGGUACCCAGAUAGUCCUCAAGACGUCAAGUACAACUUCUGUCAUUGGCUUUUAGUGUCCCUGUCUGGCAGAACGCUCAGCUCCAUAUACAACACCUGACGUCCCGACAGAACACGGGACGCUGUGACUCUCCACUUCUGCAGAUCAGUUACACUCUGUGCAAUGGUGGAGGUGUGAAAACUGAGAAGUUCUGUGGAGUGAUAAACAACGAAGUGGUAAGACGGGCCUGUGGCCGGGUACACAUCUUGGCCCGAGGGUUUGACCCUCAAUACGACGCUGGUACCAAGUUCCUCCUCUCCGUCAGUGUGGACUAUCCGCAGAACCUAGACGAUGGUCGAGGGAACCCGAUGUACACGAUCCCAUGUGGGGGAGAGCCGACUAAGGCCCCACCCGUCACCCGCAGGCCUACCGUGCCCGUGGUCGAUCUGCUGAGCCUGACUACAGAGGGAGGGGGUGGAGAACAACAGAAGAGGAGCGGUGUACUCAAAGAGACUGCUGACGAUUCAAAGAAGACAAAAAAUCCAGAGAAAAUGAAUCGAACACUGAAAAUGGUUCUGAUUUUGACUUUGGCUGGCAUAAUCAUCGCUAUCUUGAUAGCGGCCAUUGCGGUCGUCUGCCACAAGACUAUACAAACAGGAAACUACAAGCUCCGAGAAGCGGAAGCUCUGGCAAUCGCGCGUCGAAGGUCAAAAGAAUCCGAGGCGACGAAAUUUGACCAUGUUGGAAUGAAUGGACACAAGCCGGGAAAAUGUUCCAUCGAGGAUUUAGAUGAAGAUUUAAUCAUCAAUGGCCUCCGGGACGAUCGGUGCGAAAAUUCUCCCACCAAGCAACACUAUAUGACGAUUGACGACGACGAUUCCGUCCCUUUGCCAAAUGGCGUAGGAAAAUCACAUCGCGGUAGCCGGCCAGACGUCGUGGACCACACUUACUCGUCGUAUGCAAGCAUUGAUGACGAUGCAUCGGCACUGACGUCACAAGAUAGUGGGUACCCGCGCAUUGCACUAUAUGAAGACCCAGACGACUGUCGUCAAGGUUACACACCGCCCCACCCGUCUAGUCCUCAUGGAGACUGCGACUCGUUGGACGAACAGUAUGACAAUGUCCCGAAUACCGCUGAUGUACUAGCGGACGUAGAACAUUAUUCAGUAGAUGGUGACGACUACGCCAUCGUUACUAAGCCGAGAAGAGCGCCCCCUACAACCGGUCUCUCGGCGGAACACGGCCCCCGCAACUCGUACGGUAUCACGCCAAGAAUGAAUGGCGGCUAUCAGGUGACGCCCAAGCCCGUAUAUGUUAAUAAGUCUGGAAACGUAGUCCUUUUAGACUCUCGAAUAAACAACCAGAUAAGUAUGGGAGACGAAGGGGAAAUGAUAUAUUGACAAUUAACCAGGGAUUGCCUUUAAUCCCGUCACGCGAGAUGCGCAUGCGUGCAGUAAACUGGUGAAUAUCUGUGCUUUUGCUCUGAAUGAAUACUGUAUGCAUUCCUUUCGCUCAAAAUUCUAUGACCUUGAAAUUCUGUGAAUAUCAUUUGUGAAGGGAUUAUCGGAGAUCCGAGUGACAAUAUAACAGAAUGACGUCACAUUUGAGAGUGACGUCAGAAUGAAGGUCGGAGAAGGCUGAAAUGACUGAGAAAAUGACUACGAAAUCUGGAAUAGAAGCGAUAUUUUCAUGUUUUCAGAUAGACGCUUGUUUACAUGUUACUCGGUCCUAUGACUACGAAGAAAAUUCAUAUUGAGCAAUUCAUUGUGAAGGAUUAGCCGAAGUCGAGUAAAUGAAACAGACGCUGAAGAAAGAGCGUGGAGACCCCUAGGCUGUGGUUAGGGAGAGAAACUGACUGUUUAUGCCUUGAGCAGUAUUACAUAAAUUGCUUACUGACUGGCGCGCACGCGCGUGUAAGUAUGUAUAUCAGACAAUUGUCGGGUUGGACACAGGCACACUAAUUCACUGGGGAAUCCGGUAAAGGGUUUGUUUAGUGUACAUGACUUCGUAACGCUCAUGGUAAGGAAACUCUUCGAUGCUGGUCGAAGCAAAAAGUGUAUGCCGUGGAACGAAGUUUGUGCUGGGUAUGCAGGAGUUUUGUCCCUUCACCGGGAUUUUUAGCGGAAUUCUUCUGUUAUAAAGAGUUGUUGUGAAGUUGUGUCAAGCACAUUUGCCAUAACGCCAGCUACAAAUUAUGACAGCUUCGUAAAACGGACCAUCAGCAGAACUGUCCAUGCUGUUGUUGAUAGACACGGGUGUGAAUACGGCAGCUUGAGAAUGACUCAGAAACUUUCAACUAUCACAUAUACUGUUCUGACUUCGAAGCGAUUACGGGAGCUUGUUGCUAUGGAAUGCGUUAUUUACCGCCUUCCCUAUACUGACUGAGGCCAGCAAGAGGGUGAAGAUGUAAUUCGGUGCUUGUCAGUGGCAACUUCGUUUAUGCUUGUUACAAUAGACUUCUUUCAUUAUUUAUGGGGUUAAAGUGCUGAGUUUGUCAGUGGCAACUUUUUCAAUGCUUGUUACGAUGGACUUCCUUCAUGGUUAUGGGGAUGAAAGUUCCGUGCUUGUCAGUGGCAACUUUGUCAAUGCUUGUUGCUAUUUAAUAUUUUAUGCAUAGACUUUUGUGAUCAUUAGGACGUACAUUUGCCUGUAUUUCGCAAUGGCAACAAAGUUUGCGCUGCUUACGGUGUACUGUUUUAAGUACACACUUCCCAGUAAUUAUUGGGCCGCAAAACUGUAUUUCUCAGUGACAACAACGCUAGUGCUUGCUUACGGUGUACUGUCUUAUGUACACACUUCCGAGUAAUUAUUGGGCCUCAGAACCGUAUUUUGCAAUGUCAACAAUGCUUGCGAUGCUUACGAUGGACUGUUUUAUGUACACACUUGCCAGUAAUUAUUGGGUCUCGGAACUGUAUUUCGCAAUGUCAACAACGCUUGCGCUGCUUACGAUGGACUGUUUUAUGUACACACUUGCCAGUAAUUAUUGGGUCUCAGAACUGUAUUUCGCAAUGUCAACAACGCUUGCUUACGGUGGACUCUUUUAUGUACACAUUUUCCUGUGAUCACUGGGAUGUGAAACUAUUUCUCAGCGACAACAACGCUAGCGCUGCUUACUGUGGGCAGUUUCUUGGGGUUGGGGGUGUAAAUAUAUACAUGAUUUUUAAAAUGACAACUUAACUAUUUCUUUGUUGCAUGUUCGAGGCUGCUGUAAAUAAUGUGACAGUUCUAGUCAGGGUGGAUCGCAUCCGAUGAUUGUCUCUCCUUUCUCUCUCGGCCAUUCUCUCUCCAUAUAUAGCUUUGUCCGUCAUACAAACAGCCUGUGCUAAUUCGAUACUGCGGACAUCUGGGUACUUGCUGUCUUACUCGCACCUAAAGGCUUGACUGCCCGUCAGACUCACGCAAUUUUCAAUUUAAAUUGACGCUCUACCGUUUCGUAUCAUCGUGAAUUUCAUCAUAGAAUAGAACAAAGACUUUUUGUAAAUUAGUGGCCUACGAAUCUAAAUAAAUUUUUCUGUGUAUAAGUUAUGGUUUUGGCGCAGUGCCACAAAAUUACCCAUAUGUGUGCUGCAUUUUAACUUAAUGAUCUACCCACCGUGGUAUAAGGGAAAUAUUCUUGAGUUCCGGGCAAAACACCAAUCAAAUAAAUGAAUAAAAUAUUAGUCUGCCGUGUGUUAUGCCGAGGUCUGACCGGUCAGUUUGUCAUGUACGGUGACCCUUUACUUCUUCUGUUGACAUCAGUACAAACAUGCCUUGGUAAAUCAUUGCUAUAUAUUUCUGAGCAACGUAGUAUUGUACCAAUCAAAGUUUUGAUGCUGGUUCAAAAGAGUAAUUUAAGCGUUACAUUCAGUAUUUACCGCUGAUGGCAGUUUGGUCAAAAAUUGAAAAGACAGCUUUUAUAAAUGCUUAUUUUUACAUCUUUAUGCAUGGAAGGUUUUGUCUGACGUGAUACCCAUUCAAACCCUGUGUGUAACGGUGACCAUCUUUGGGUCUUUCGGUGCUGUAUACCUAAGCGCGCAGCUGCUGAGCCACGCACUGUGCUAUUUACUGCUUUUAUACCUCUUUCUAUCUAUCCUCUCGACAAAGCCGAUCAAUCAUUGGUAGUCGGAACCGAUCAACCAUUGGUCAGUCGGAACCGAUCAGCCAUUGGUCAGUGUAAUCACGUGCUCGAAUCCAACUCCUCUGCUCCAAAACCAGAAGUAAAUAAACAAGUCCAUUGAAAGUAAAACGGUUUCAUAAACAGUAUUAUAAUCCUCUGUUGUUGUUAAAAUACUGUAUGCUGCAGAGGACUGGCGUAAAUUGCAUCCAAUGCAUACUGACGGUGAUCAUUUUGCAUGUACAAGUCCAGCGUUCUCUGUCAAUGCAGCUAUCGGUUUUUCAAUUCAAAGUCAUAUACACCACCCUUCAAGUAUUAACACACAUUUCUGUGAAUUGCUUUGCAACGCCGAUGACGUAAUUUCCGCUGCCCCAUCAUGCCUUAUUUUUUUAUACUACCAUUUAGAUCCCAGGGUCGAAUUGUUCAGAAGUGUACUUGAAGUCAAGCGCUGUAUUAACUUUAGUCUGGAUUAAAGUGCCAUUGGUUUUGUAUUAGACCAAGACUGGUAUUAAGACUUAACUGGCUUAAAUGGCUUAACUUUUAAGGCAACUUUGAACAACCGGCCCCUGUUUCCGUUAUUGCAGUGCUACAACACAGAGCCUUUCUCAGGCACGCCUGGCUUUUAUACAUACACCUACACUGGGUCAAAACUCUCUGAAUAGGUUAACAAAUUCAGGGAUUUUUGACACCGAAAAGAAUUCUCAAUCAAUAUUUUGGGGAGAGAUAAUUAAACGACAAAUGUUGAGAUGACGCCUACCUUCUUUGUGCUUCCGAAUUACUGUUAGCUAAGCAAUAAAGAUUUACAGAAACACUCCUGGUGAGGAGCCCUGUUAAAGGAACCACCUCGUCGACUUGUAGAUACAUAAUUGUCUCCCUUUGUGGAAGCUCUUCUGAUCAGGUCUGUUACAAUAUAUAACUCAUUUGUUAUUAAUCAUCUGACGUAUUUUGUGUGAACCAAAACUGUAUUGUCUAUUUACUGAAUCUCGUCGUCUGUAUGUUAAUUUUAUCGUCAAAUAAAUAUAUACAAAGAA